AUGGGUAUUAUAUUUAUCAUUUUUUUUUGUUUUUCACAUGCACAACAGAGACACGCUCUUUUUAUUAUUAUUAUUAUUAUCAAGAGUAGGAUAAAUAUCCACGUGCAUGACCAGGAGAUGAGCACAGAACGGGGACCGGAACGCAAUUUGAUGCGUGAGACUGCACUUACUGGGUUUUUUCUCGGGGCUUGUUUCAUGUUUGCUUUGGUUUUGAUAUGCCACAGCCUUUGGUACACCGGAAGCGUCGAGGAGUACGCGGCCGGCGUUUACAUCCUGUGUAUACCGGUGCUUUUUCACAUGAGCGAGUUUCUGGUGGCGGCGUCUUUAGGUCGUCAUGACACCCACCCUGAUACCUUCUUGUUGACUCACUCAGGAGAAUACACGGCGGCCACCUCCGCGGCAUGGAUAGAGUUCUUUUUAGAGUGGCUUCUUGUUCCGGAGCGCUGGAAGGUGCCCAGAGGAACCUUUGCUGGAUGGUUGCUGCGCUUGAACUAUAGUACCGUUACUGUGGCUGCUGUGAUGGCGGUUGCGUUCUAUCUUGUGCGCGUUGUCGGGAUGCUGCAUUGUGGACGGAAUUUCUCGUUAUUAAUUGAGACAGAGCGGCGGGCAAGUCAUGUUCUUGUUGAUAAUGGAAUUUAUGCGGUACUGCGUCAUCCAGCCUACUUUGGCUUCUUUUGGCGAACCCUCUGCUCACAGCUGGUGCUGGCAAACCCGUUGUGUCUUGUUUUGUAUGCCGUGGUCAUGUGGCAUUUCUUUAGUUGUCGGAUCGCUUACGAAGAAUCUGUGUUGGAAGGUGAGGAAUUCUUUGGUGAGCGAUACAAGGCGUACAAAGCCAAAACAAUGGCGGGCAUCCCUUUUAUUUACUCACGACGCCCUGAAUGUGUCUGCAUGUGUGUGAGUCUUUUUGCCUAA